GGAGACGUGAGAAGGAAUGGUCAUAAAAGCAGGAUAAACACAGGAUAUAGAUAUUUAAAAAGCAGUUAAGGCAGUAAAACAGCAUCUUUUGUAGUUUUACAGCAUCUUAAGGAAGCAUUAUGUACCUAAAUAAAGUCAGUCCCUGGAUUAUUAAUGUGGUGAUCCAGCAUCUUGUCCCAGUCCUGAUCUGAGUAUGUGCAGGUCUGACGUGUAUGGAUAGAUGGAGAAAUAAAGAGGUGCAGUCAAACUGCCCAGAAUCAGCCAGUGACGUGGAUGCUGAGCCUUGACCUCUGACCUCCCUGGGGAGAAGAGUGUCUUUUCCCAUGCAAACUGAAUAAGGGAAAGUUUUACAACAAAGGAGGGUUUUCCAGCACUCAUUCUUCCACUUUUGGCCUGUCAUGUUUGUUUCAUAACACUGGUUUGCACAAUAAUGUACAUUAAACACUCACAACAAGACCGAGGAGAAGGUUGACACUCAGAUCCUGUCUGAACUGGACAGAGCGCCGCUCUGAGAAGCAUUUGAAUUUACUUCAUUUUGAUUUUAAUAACAUGAAAAGAAAGGCUGUUUUUCCUCCUGUAAGUAGUUCUUCUUCUCAUUAUUUAUUUUUUAGUAAAUGAGCUACAUGUGGUUUGAUUUAAUAAUUAAUUCAGUGUCUUCCUGGCACAGUGUGCAGGUGUUUCCACUGCUAUAACUCCGCCUUAUAACUGAAAGCUUGUGAUAGGAAAGCGCCCCUGACCUUGGAUUCAGCGUGGCGUGGCAGUUCGCAGGGCAGAUGCGCGCACACACUGCUUUUCACAUCCCAUUCAGAUGACUGAAUUCUGAACGAAGGAGAAAGAAGAUCCAAGUCCUUAAGGUCCUGGUCUUUCCUGUUUUACCAUAUGGUUGUGAGACAAGGACACUAACCAGUAUCCUAAGUUACUGGUGUGAGUUUCUGGUGCACAUCCUGUAAAACGGCUGAAGAGUGGAAACCAUGACUAUCUCCAUCUUCUCCAUCCUGCUCAGUUUGGGAGGCAAAUGUCUGCUGAACUGGACCUUGGUGCUUUUCCAGAGGAGCCACAUCUGCAGAAGCUUUCUGGGCGUUUUCAGUGUUUCUUUGGCUCUCGUCGACAUGGCUCUGACCCUCAUCCUCACCAGCUUGCACAUCCACGGCGAGCGAGUCUUCCUGUCUGGCUUGCAGCUGACCAGAUUCCACGUGUGCUUGUUUGUUCAAAUUAUUGGAGAAGUCUAUAAAGCGCUGCAUUGGCCCAUUGUGGUUGCAGCCACUCUGGAGCAUUUUUUAACUCUGUCUCGGAGGUUCCGGCCCACCACCACCACCGCUGCUGCCAGGUUGUUUGUGACCAUCAUUCUGUGGUUUCUGGAUGUCCUCUAUGUCUUCAUAUCUGACUUUAGUCCUGUCUUGGAGGAUGUGUCAUUCCACCAACUGCACCGGUGCACCGUCUUCCACACAUCUCAGCUACUGCAGGUUGCCAUAGUAAUGCUCCUCAUAACCCUCAUCUGUUCAGCAAUCCAUGGUGGGUGUCUUCCUGUGCUUAGCUGCUGCCGACGAUCACAGUUGAGUACACCUCCUCCAAAAGGCCAAUUUACAAACCAAAGCCAAACCCCGAGCAGGUUUCUUAAUGCGUGGACCAUUUUGCUGCUCUUUCUAGCAGUGCUGCUCCUGCUGACUGUUGGAAUACCUGCACACCUGAGUCUCAGUGUUGUUUGGCUCUGCAUCCUCAACAGUUUUUUGAGUGUAGUCACUUUACACAUCUUCUGUCCAGCCUCGCGGCCACUGCAGGGGUCGACAGCGGCCGUAGAUGGUACAUUUAACUCGGGUGCAGUGGACGGACUAUGACAGAAUGGGAAUGUGUAGGACACACAUCCCAAUAAAUUUAGAGAACCUCUCGUCUGUAACUUCCAAAGAUGUCAUUAAUCCUCCCACAUCCGUUUUGUUUUCAAAAAUUUUCAUACCAAGUACCAAUCCAGCACCAGUGAAUGCACGCCCUUUAAAAUGAAUAAAUAAGUCUAUAUAAAAACUGUGGCUCACUUUAUAUCCAUUGUAACAAAAUGACUUUGUGCAUUCAUUCUGGAAUUAAAACCACACAACACUGUUUCAGAGGUAAGCAUGGGAACGAGUUCAAAAUUUUUCCAAUGCACUGAUCUUAUGCCACAAAUAUCAAUUAUACAGUAACAUGAUUUUGGAGGGCACCAUAUUUGAUUAGUGGCCCUCUAUGGUUAGCAGCCCACCAUUUCAUUAGCAGCCCAAAGGAAGCAAAACAUCACACUGAAACAUUAGCAGUCUAACUAGUGAUAACAGGAGU